AUGGUGAGCUAUGGCAGGUGCAGCCACUUCUCCAAGCUCCUCCCCGGGGAAGCGGGCACCAUCAAGUUCGAGCACGAUGGCGAGCACGGGGGCGCCUUCGAGUUCACCCUGGGAAGGGACCACCUCUUCCUCGGGCAGUACAUGCGUGCCAGCUACUCUUCCCUCUUCGGCCAAGAUCAAUUUGUCCUGGAGUUUUCGGACAAGACCUUGAAGCAGUUCUACUUGGGGAUGCCCCAGCAGUUCAUGGGGAUGACGAAUCGCGGCGUGUCCCGUACUGAAGGUGUGGAGAACACGGCCAUCGUGAGGAGCGCAACCUGCUCCACCAACUCACAGGUGGAGGUUCUCCUUGCACCAGCACUCAGUUUGCACAUCUUCGAGGAACUCGAUGAGCUGGAUGGCUUGCAGCAGCUUGCAGUCGCGGAAACGUGCGAGUUCGCAAAGAUGGAACUGCUCAGCGGCGCUUUGUUCAUUGAGGAGUUCCACUGCAUGCGGGAUGGGCUCGCACACAGCUUGCUUCAUGAACAAGCCUUGGCCCUGGAUCUUUUGAUUGGGGCCUUGAUCGCGAAUGGAUUGUGCGGCUCCGAAAGCCAAAGGGCCGCCCAUCUAUGGCAGGAGAGCCGGGCACGGUUGCCCCCACAGAAGGGCAAGAUCUCGCCCUAUCGUUACUACGCAAGCCUCUCAAAAGACAUGCUGGAGUCACAUGCUGACGUUUGCCACAGCCUUCUGAGAAGCAGCGCUUUGAGAUGCGCCGAGCCAGUCGUGGCGUUUUGCAAGUCGCACCAGCGGUGGCCUCCGCCAGCAAACGUCGGCCUGAAAACGGAGCUGGGCGCUCAUGGCAACAUAGGCUUCGACACGAACGACGCCAUUCUACAGAGCCACUUGCGGAGCGCUGACACCAAGUCGCGGGGCAGCGUCUGCGCUGGGCAGUCCCCCGAAGCUGCAGACAGAUUUCUUCAAGGGCUUGUGCGCUCAUGUGUUGAUGCUUCGUGCCGGGCAUCCAUGACAAGGAGUCGGCUGUUUAAGGGACUGCUUGACAAGUGCAGCACCGAAGCGGCCGGGCCCCUCAGAGAGUAUUUGAGCGCGCACCCGCUCUCGAGAAGAUGCUGCUCAUUGAAGUCUGCACUGCCGGAGUCGGAGGCAACUCGCUUCGAGGUGUUCUGCGCAGAGCUCUUCGACAACCUUGAUCCCGACACCCGUGUACAGAGUGUGAUAGAUUCACUUGGCAGCAGAUCAGGGGAAUACCGGAGUUUGUCCACAAACUCGAAAUCUGGUGAAUUCUUUUUCCUCUCCCAUGACAAGAAGUUUCUGGUCAAGACAAUCUCGGAGGAUGAAGGCAUGCUCCUGUUCCGAAUGCUGCCAGCAUACCAGGAUCAUAUACACUCCACGCCGAACUCACUGAUCGUUCGCUUCGCAGGUCUGUAUUGUGUGACAGUUCCAGGAGGGGGGUUGAGAUACUUCAUCAUCAUGAAAUCUGUCUUUGAUCCGGCCUUCGAAAUUCACGCACACUACGAUCUGAAGGGCUCCCUACACCACCGCAGAAAGAAGAAGGACGAGACGACCGGCAAAGACGAAGACUGGAUUCACGACAAGAUGCAGCUCAGCCCGUCGGAAGUCACAAGGCGGGAGAUGCUAGAGGCUCACGAAGCAGAUGUCCAAUUUCUCCAGGAACACAGCGUGAUGGAUUAUUCCGUCCUGGUCGGGAUCCACCAUGUCGCCCAUGGGUCUGUCAACAGCUCAGCGGCGCCUGCGACUGGCACGUUGUCCUCAUGUGGCACCAAAGUAUACUUUCUUGGCCUGAUCGACUUUCUCAUAAACUUCGGGCUGCGCAAGCAAGCUGAACACCUGCUGCGGGCCGCACAGGGGCAUGGGCAGUCAACAUCAUGUGUCCACCCUUCAGACUACGCCGCUCGGCAGGCCAGGUUUCUGCGCAACAGCGUCUUCGCAAAGCCAGACGUCGACAGAGGAACUGCUGGUUGCUUGGCCCUAAACGUGGUUUCUGCACGGAACCUGAGAAAUGCCGACCUCAUGAGCAAGUCGGACCCAUACGUCUCAGUUCACCUGGGCCUGCAGUCAGCGACCACCCCGACCAUACAAGAUGAUUUGAAUCCUACCUGGAACUGCUCCUUGUCUUUGCCGGUGAACACCAGCCAUUUGUCACAGGACAUUGUUUUUCGGGUCUUUGAUGAAGACCACAUACGGGCGGCUCAGGGUAGCGAUGACAGUUUGGGUCUCCUACGCCUUCCCUUCAACAACGUGCUCCAGCGGGGCGAGGUAGAUCUGAAGAAUAAGCUGGAGGAGACACCCACAGGCGAGCUGCACGUGCGUGUCCGCUUCGAGCCACUUGGGGCUCAGGGUGGUUACCCUGGCAGAUCCGGCGCCAUUGUGUGGGAGUUCUCAGUAAGCCACGGGUUCCAGAGCUUUGACGAGCAAUGCCAGAGAGCCGUGGAGAGCUUGUACCAGGCUUUCCUUCGAGGAGGCGCCAGGAAUUGCACGGUCACAUCGGGAGGUGUGGAAGUCCUUCUGGAUUUCGCAGAGAUGAAGCAAGUUUCACGAGGCGGUCCAUCCUGCCAUGACCCGAUGCGGAAGCGAUGGCUGCUUGGAAGCUGUAUCCUGGUCCUCACCAGGGCAAAGGUGGAUAUUUGUUCAGUCCCACCUGAUGCCAGCGUUGGAAAUGCGAUUGCGGCAAGAGGCCUGCCCGACUCAGCCGUUAUCACCGUUGGUGCUGUCAUUGCGGCUGUGGUCCUGUCAAGCUCGGAGGUGAAGCAGCUGGAGCUGCUCUCCUGGCAAUCCCCGCGAUUGCUGCCAGCAACUCCUGCCCGCAAGAAGCUGGCAGCUGCACUUCUGCUUCCGACGAAGGCGCUUCUGCAGAUGACGGAGCCAGAGCUCCGAGAGCAGCUGCGCGCUUCGGCCGGACUGUCUACCACGGCUUCUUCUGGGAUUGCGGUGCAGGGCAGGAACACCUCUGUCAGAGGGGCCCAAAGCUUUCGAGCUGGCUACACCCAGAUCCUCUCAAGCCUCGAUCUGUUUCUGCCAGCAGCGGCUGCAGUAGCAGCCAUCCUUGCCAAUCAGUCGGCGCUCUCCUCCGUGUCCGUCAGCUCGUAUAGCCAUCCAGCUCAAGGAGAGCCAGUCUGUGCACAUGCAGAUGCUCAUGAUGUGUUCAUCUUUCAAAUUCAGGGCUGCCGUGCGUGGACACACUGGCACCCACCCCUUCAAAGCCACUUGGUAAGUCAUCCUUCAGAGCUUGGGAACUUCAGCUGCCUCGACGGUUUAAGCUUUGCAUCCCGGCGUUUGGAGCUCCACACAGGAUCCUUGCUGCGCAUACCCCGGGGCACCCCUCACCAGACCAGCAGCUGUGGAAGAGGGCCCUCAACCCACUGGGCCAUCAUGGCCAAUCGCACGAGCGCCGCAAGUCUGCUCUUGGAUGUGGCAGAAUCGAGCAACAGGAUGGACGUUUACAGCACUCUUUUGUCAGUGCUUGAGAAAGACACCGAACUGAGCAAGAGGUUCAGGCAAGGACUGCAUCUCCCAAACCCUGCAAGCAAGGAAAAGAUGAACGAGGGCCUUGAGAACGUGGCAGACGGGCUGCUGGCACUUCUGGACGAAGCUCUUCCAGGCCCGUGGCAGGCCCUGGACCGGAAGUCUGUCUCUGCACGCUUGGAGCGCGCCAUGGAAGCUUUGCGGCGCACCCCGGACGCAGCCUCGACUCUGCCGGAACAGUGCCGAGCCGGUCCUCUCAGCCGGUUUCUGGUUAAGGCCAGGAAGAUCGAGCUUUGA